GAGAGUGACAUCCCGCGGGAUUGACGAUUGUAUAGAUCGGCUUGCCGAAUGGUUUAUUUCUUUUUUUAAUACAGUGGUUCAAGAAUAUCCAUGGCACUCCAUCAAUCAGGUAGUUUGUCAUCCAGUCAGCAAAUAUCCAACACACAGAAUUACACCAGCAUCCACUCAUUGGAUUUUACAGGUGACAAGAAUGAUGCAACUUCAAAUACCUGGUCAGCAUCAGUAUCCAGUCAAUUCCAUAUCAACCAAGUGGACAGCUUUAGGUUCCGGACCAGCCUCGUAGAGAUAGUGGAGGAGCUCAAACUCCGCAGGAAAAAUGAGGUGGAAAAUGAAGAGAGAACACAGGCAUUAAUCAAAGAAAAAUAUGAACUUGAAAGAAAAAAUGAUCUUGAUGGAACCAGAAUAAAGAAUCUUCAAGAAGACAACAACAAGAAUUUGAAUGAAACAAAACGAAAUUUUGAAGAGAAGAUGAGAAAAUUGGAAGAAAAAACUAGACAAGAUGCUGUACAGAAGGAGGCCAUGGUGAAGGAAAUGGAAGCCAUGAAGGAUGAACUCCGGAAGCUACAGCUAUCAAAGUAUUCCCUAGAGAAGUUGUUGCGAGACCAGGAGAGGAAGGUUCAGAUCCAGUCAGAUUCCACAGAGCAGCACCUGCAGCAGCUGUCCAGGGUAGAACACAAACUACAGGCCUUCUCCACCUACAGUAACAAGCUGGUCAACAGCCAGGAACGUCUCGACAGACAAGGUUUUCUGUUUCAUAAAAAACACUUAUGA